UUGCAGAUCUUGGGCGUGGCGCUCCGUCCCCACCCCCACCCCGUUCCGCCGGGUUCCCUAAUUCCGCUCUGUCCCCACCAGCGUCCCCGUGGGCGGCGUCGAGCACGCUUUCGCCUCGGGACCGCCGCUCCGGAUCUCGCUGCAGCGGGGAUUGGGACGGGCGGGGCGUUGCCGUGGCGACGGCAGCAUGCGGCCAGCGGUCCUCGGAGAGUGUGUCGCGGCGGGCGGGACCCUCUGCGCCUCGGCCUGGGCCCGCACUGCAUCCGUGGGGGUCGCGGCCCGGCCGCCACAGGGCUCCUAGGCUGCGUCUCCCGAGCCCCUGCGACAUGCGUGGAGCCCGGUGUCUGCUGCCGAGUCGGGGACUGUCGGAUCGCUCCACGCCGGGUGACUGAAGAAACCCAAGAAACAUUCCUAUUGUUUUUAAAAUAAAAUGGAAAAAUAUGAGAACCUAGGAUUGGUUGGAGAAGGGAGCUAUGGAGUGGUGAUGAAGUGUAGGGACAAGGACAGCGGGAGGACAGUGGCCAUCAAGAAGUUCUUAGAAAGCGACGAUGACAAAAUGGUGAAGAAAAUUGCCAUGCGAGAGAUCAAGUUACUCAAGCAACUGAGGCAUGAGAAUUUGGUAAAUCUGUUGGAAGUGUGUAAGAAGAAGAAAAGAUGGUACCUGGUCUUUGAAUUUGUUGACCACACAAUUCUUGAUGACUUGGAACUCUUUCCAAAUGGACUGGACUAUGAAGUAGUGCAGAAGUAUUUAUUUCAGAUUAUUAAUGGAAUUGGCUUUUGCCACAGUCACAAUAUCAUACACAGGGACAUAAAACCAGAGAACAUUUUGGUGUCUCAGGCUGGUGUGGUGAAGCUGUGUGACUUCGGGUUCGCACGCACCCUGGCUGCUCCCGGGGAGGCAUACACUGACUACGUGGCCACGCGGUGGUACAGGGCACCAGAGCUGCUGGUUGGUGAUGUCAAGUAUGGCAAGGCCGUUGAUGUCUGGGCCAUUGGUUGUCUGGUAACAGAGAUGCUUACAGGGGAGCCCCUGUUUCCGGGAGACUCUGACAUUGACCAGCUCUAUCAUAUUAUGACGUGUUUAGGUAAUUUAAUUCCGAGACACCAAGAACUGUUUUAUAAAAAUCCUGCAUUUGCUGGAGCACGAUUGCCUGAAAUCCAAGAAACAGAACCUCUUGAAAGACGCUACCCUAAGCUCUCUGAAGUUGUAAUAGAUUUAGCAAAGAAAUGCUUGCACAUUGACCCUGACAAAAGGCCGCUGUGUGCUGAGCUCCUUAACCACGCUUUCUUUCGGAUGGACAGGUUUGCUGAUAGAUUCUCCCAAGAACUACAGUUAAAAAUACAGAAAGAUGCCAGGAAUAUUUCUUUGCCUAAAAAAUCCCAAAACAGAAAGAAGGAAAAGGAAAAAGAUGAAUCCAUAGCUGAACAAAGAAGAACACUUGUGAUACAGGAUACCAAUGCUGAUAUGAAAACUAAGGACUCCAAAGUAUUUAAAAUGAAAGGGCCAAAAGUUGAUGGAGAGAAAACUGAAAAGGGUUCUAGAGCUUCCAAUGCCAGCUGUCUUCGUAACAGUGGAACAAGCCUCGUGCAGACAGUGCCCUCGGGCCGCCUUGGGGAGCGCAGCAGCCAAGCCACCAGGGUCCCCAGUGUGGCCAUCCCCCCACUGGCACACACUCCAUCUGCAGCAGCUGCUGGUGGUAACCCCGGAGCCCAGAGUUACAGAGUGGAUGAGAGAACCAAGAAGUACUGCAUUCCAUUUGAUAAGCCAAAUAAACACUCGCCAUCAGGAGUUUAUGCUAUGAACGUGCCCACGUCGGUCUCCAGUGAAAAGAGCCUCCUGCAGGCAAAUAAGAAGCGGAAGGAGCUCUCCAGGACUGAGGUGCGGUUGCCCGAGCUGAGCUACAGUCAACUCCCUGAAUUGAGAGCCUUGCACGGCGUGGCUCGAAAUUGUAGACUAAUGAAGAAACAGAACAAAAUUCUUUCUGAGUCUCGAAUCCCUUCACUAGCUGCUAUUGACCUUCACGCUUCCAGCAUGGCACUGCACCAGGUGUUAGGACCACCCCUGCCUGAGGACGCCGCAGAGGCUGACCUGCCACGGGUGGAGCACCAGCCCUGAGGACACGGUGCUGCAUGGCAUCCUUUUGGGAUCGAAGUGCUGAUAUCCUAGGCAAGAGGUGCUUGGGUUUGUUUCCUUCUGAACCGCCUGCUUUUUCUGAGAAAGAAUUUGCAGAGAAAGCAAAGACGAAGGCCUGCAGUGGUUUCACUGGAGACUGAGCAAGUGCCCCUCCUCCCCUUUCCAGUCUGUUACUACUGUUGCAAGACGUAUCUAAAGAGUAGUGAUGUGGGUCUUGUUACAUGAAUGUGUAUUUGCUGUUAAUAGAUUGUAUAUUUAAAGUUAGCCAAGAUUAAAAGUGAGUAAAAAAGAGAAAUAUUAUAAAAGGUUGUAUUAUUCAUGCAUUGAACUUUGUGUGCUAUUUGUAUAAACGCUUACUAUUAAAGAAGAUGAAAAGGCUAGGAAAAAAAGUUUCCCUUAUCCUAACUAUAAAAACACAUUUAAAACUGGUUUCCAGGCACUGAGGCCUGUGUAGCUGCUGUCCCAGGGAGGUGUGGGUCUGCCGUUGUGAUGCAUGCUGAUGUUCAGUCGCUGCCCUCAGCUGAUCUUCCGAGAACCCUGGCAGUGGAAACCCGGAGGAGAAACUGACCUCGCUGUCCUCUGUGUGAGGAGUCUGGUGCAGGGUUCCCUGUGAAGGAGCCAGGUUGGAUCAGGGAUCAAGAAGUGUUGUAAGAGUGCCUUGGAGCUGCAUGUGGUGCUGCUCAUUAGAGAAAGCUGUAUGUACAAAAGGGGCUGGGAGGCAGGCUGCCCCUAAGCUGGCAGCCACGUGGGCUGCUGCUGUUGAAGCGCCCGGUAGAAGAAGCUUAGCCUCUGUUAUCCUGUACUCCACUCUGCCCAUGGUAGCUUGAGGGUGACAGCAGAACCCAGGCUCCUCGUUACCUCAGACACCUAGGCCUUCCCCAAAGCUUCUCACCGAAGUGCAAAGUCAUCUACCCACAUUCCUCACACAGCCUUGUAGGGUGAGGUUAGACUGGUUUGGGCCUCAGAUUCCUCUGGCUUUCCAGCUGUGGUCUGCAUUUAUCAUGUUAGAGAAUAAUUGUGACAGGGACCAGAAUCUGUACAGGAUUUUUGGCCUUAUCUAAAUAGUAUAGUGUGGUGUUUUUUCCAAAAGUCAUCAAGUAGACCUUAGCCCAAAAAGCUAACUCAGCUCUUUAUUGUCCUGAAGAACUUGAUAUUAAAAUUCAGACAUUGAAUACUUGGGCCUCAAAAGAACAGGACAUUCCAGAGGAGGCAAAAUAAAACAUCUGAUGUGCAAGUCUGUAGAAAGUGAUUCCAGUUAAAUUGUUUUCAAAGCUCUGUCUAACCUUUGAUGAGGUGUUUGACUAGUUUGCCACAUCCAGCGUGUUGGGGAAGGAGAGACUGGUAUAUUGGCCUUAAUAAGUUUCAUAUUAAAAAAUCAUUUUAUUUUCACUUUGAGAAGUGUUACCAAU